AUGCAUUUAUGUGAAGAUGAAGAAGUUUGUCAUCAAGGAGGCACUGGAUCUACUGUUGAAGAUGAAGCAUCGGCUAAAGUGGAUGAUCCUGCAUCUCAAGAGAAAGAAUCUAGCAACAUUGCGGAGAGCCCUCAAAUCAAAAGAAUUAUUCGGUCCUUGGGAAAGAACAGAAAAAGGCAACCAUGUCUAGUGGUCCCGAGAGUGGUACCGAACGCCUUGAUCAAGCCUUCCAAAUUCUCCAAUCCUCAGCCAAGCAAAUCAAUACCAAUCAAGAUGAAUGUUACUACUUUGGAAAUUUUGUAGCUUCCAAACUUCGUGCAUAUGACUUAUUUACAAAAAGCGC